AUGGCAGGUCAUAGCGAAUUCAAGAAAAAGAAAAUUUUGCCUAUUGGAACCACAUUUAAUCUUCCUGAUGAUAUACCAGUUUGGCCACCAGGUGGUGGAUUUGCAACCGGCACCCUUGACCUUGGUGGUGGGUUGCUAGUGUCACAAAUCAAAACAUUCAGCAAAGUUUGGACUACCUAUGAAGGUGGACCAAAUAAUCUUGGGGCCACUUUUUUUGAACCAACAGGUUUAUCUCAAGGGUUCUUUAUGCUAGGAUGUUACUGCCAACCCAACAACAAGCCUCUUCAUGGUUGGGUUCUUGUGGGGAAAGAUAGCUCUUCAACCUCUAACGGAGCGUUAGCCAAACCAGUUGAUUACAAAUUGGUGUGGACCACUAGGUCCUUGAAAAUAAAGCAAGACGGAGAAGGCUAUAUUUGGCUACCAAUAGCCCCUGAUGAGUAUAAACCUGUGGGCUAUGUUGUCACCACCUCACCAGAGAAGCCUUCUCUUGACAAAGUCAGGUGUGUUAGAUCGGAUCUCACUGAUGAAUGCACAACAUACCAUUCAAUGAAGCUUUGGAGAACAGAAAACAAGAGGUUUAAUGUGUUUGAUGUUAGACCAAUGAAGAGAGGCAUAGAAGCUCAAGGUGUUACUGUAGGAACCUUCCUAGCUCAAAGUGGAGGGACAAACUCUAAACCAUUACCUAUAGUUUGUUUGAAAAAUACAAAGGCUAGUUUUCCCUACAUGCCCAAUUUAUCCCAAAUUGAGGCAAUGAUCAAGUCUUAUUCUCCAUAUAUAUACUUGCAUCCUAUGGAAGAGUACCUCCCUUCUUCUGUGGAUUGGUUUUUCACCAAUGGGGCAGUACUAAUUGAGAAAAGAAAGGGUGUAAUAAGAGAGAAUGCAAUAAAACCAAAUGGCUCAAACCUUCCCCAAGGUGGUUCCAAUGAUGAUGAAGUUACCUAUUGGUUGGACCUUCCAUUGGAUGAAUCCAAGAGAGUUCGUGUCAAGAAAGGAGACUUGGCAAGUGCACAAGCUUAUGUUCAUGUUAAACCAAUGUUGGGUGGGACUUUCACUGACAUUGUCAUGUGGGUUUUCUACCCAUUUAAUGGGGGUGCAAAGGCAAAAGUGGCAUGCACCAACAUUCCACUAAGGACCAAAGGGGAACAUAUUGGGGAUUGGGAACAUGUGACAUUAAGGGUAAGCAACUUCCAUGGAGAACUAUGGAAGGUUUAUUUCUCACAGCAUAGUAAGGGUCAAUGGGUGGAUGCAUCUGAGUUGGAGUUCCACAAUGGCAAUAGGCCUGUGGCUUAUUCUUCCUUACACGGCCAUGCCUUGUACCCAAAACCUGGGCUUGUUAUGCAAGGGAUGAGAGGGUUAGGUGUAAGGAAUGAUGCUGCUAAAAGUGAUGCAGUCAUGGAUACGGCAGAUGGGUUUCAAAUAGUUGCAGCUGAAUAUUUGGGAUCACAAAUUAUUGAGCCACCAUGGCUAAACUAUUCCAUGAAUUGGGGUCCAAAGGAAGGGCCAAAGGGUCCAAAGCAGAAGAAUACGUGGGAAGGAGAUGAACGGUGA